AUGUGUCAGGAGACACAUAAAGAACAUGAUUCUCUUACAGGCCCCACCAUGUGGAUGAUUCCAGGGCAGAACCAAAGCUGGGUUUCUGAGUUUAUCCUGCUUGGCUUCUCCAGUGACCCCACAACCAACAGCAUCCUCUUCAUUGUGUUCCUUCUCAUCUACCUGAGCUCAGUCCUAGGAAAUGGUCUCAUCAUCAUGCUGAUCUGCCUGGACACACAGCUGCACACUCCCAUGUACUUCUUCCUCUGUAUACUUGCCAUGUUGGAUAUGGGCAAUGUUACCACCACCAUGCCCCAGAUGUUGGUGCAUCUUCUUGCUCACUCUCAGACCAUUUCCUUUGCUGGAUGCUGGAUGCAGAUGUAUAUGUUUGGUGUACUAGGUAUAACUGAGUGCACUUUCUUUGUUGUCAUGGCUUAUGACAGAUAUGUGGCCAUUUGCUAUGCACUUCAUUAUACUGUCAUCCUCAACUGGGGACUGUGCAUUCGGUUGGCAGCUGGGUCUUGUGUCUGUGGUUUUCUCUCUGCCUUGUUACAUACUUUCUUCACCAUGAGUCUGCCAUAUUGUGGGCCCAACAAGGUCAACCACUAUUUCUGUGAAGGCCCUGCAGUGCGUAGCCUGGCUUGUAUGGAUACCCACAUCAUCGAGAUGGUAGAUCUGGUCUUGAGUGUUUUUGUGGUUGUUAUUCCCAUUUCCCUCAUUGUGGCCUCCUAUGUUCAUAUUGCCAUGGCAAUUAUAAAGAUCAGGUCCACCCAGGGCCGCUGUAAGGCUUUCUCUACCUGUGCCUCUCACCUGACUGUGGUCACACUCUUCUAUGGUCCAGCCCCUUACAUCUAUAUGAGGCCCAACUCCAGCUACUCUCCUGAGCGAGACAAGCAGGUCUCACUCUUUUACAAUGCCUUCACACCCUUGCUCAACCCCUUUGUCUACAGCCUGCGGAACAAAGACAUCAAGAGGGCAUUUCUCAAGGUGAUGGGGCAUGGUAGGGUGGAAGAGAGAAUAAGGAUCUAGGAGAGGCUUAAUUGAAGUAUUGAGUAUUUAAGGAAGGCAGAGUGUCUUUAUUGAUUGUAACUGACCUUUGCAAAUGAACUGGUGUUGUACUUGGAACAAGCCACAGUGAAACCAAUGUGGCUAUAUUGAUUGACAGGCUAUACUAAGGUACAAUUCCAAACACCUCAGUAAUCUUACUCAAUCAUAGCUACAAUGACCCACUUUUUGUUUUAUCUAAGCUAUAGGUUGAAAAUGACCUUCUGACUUCUCACGUCCAUCCUGAAGUAAAAAUCUUAUAUCCAACAUGUCAUCCUAGAAACUUGCCAAAGCAAGUAGUAUGGUCUUGCCUGACAGCAGGAGGUAGAAAGUUUUUGUUUGGAGAUAAGAAAUACCCACUCUGUGGCCAUGGUCUGAUAUGUUGGCUGCUCUACUUAGAAGGCAGCAAGUAGUAUGGAAUAUGUAACCUGCUAUAU